UUUUUUUUGCUGUUGAAUUGCCUCAAUUCACUAGCCCCAAGGUUUCUCUGGACAAAUUUAGCUGCGAAAAGAAUUGUGUUUCUGGUCAAGGAUGACGAAUAGAGGAAGAGGAAGAGGAAGAGGAAGGGGUUCCAAGGGUAGGGGAAAUGAGCUUGGUGGUCCAAGAAGUAAUUUAGUCCUCAAUGAUGAAUUGGAUGACCAUACGAAUAUUGAUCCGGAAAAUAUGCAAACUCCAUCGAGUGUGAAACCGCUGGCUGCUUUGCUACCAGAAUCAAAUAAGAGUACACAAAAUGAUUUAGAACUUCAAUACGAGGAAGGGUCAACAAAUAGUGGUUACGACUCUCCGUACUCUGCGGAACCUAAGAAGAGGAGGCGUUCGUCUAGACCAAAUAGAUCAACCAGCCGAGGCAAUAAUGUGCCGAACGAUCCUAGUGAGAGAAUAUGGAUACAACCAGAAGGGAAUGGAUUUGAUAACAUAGACGUGGCUAGAAAAAUCACGCUUGCCUUGAAAGCCUACAUAGGUCCGUGGCACACUUGGAGAAAGGUUCCUGAACAAGUUAAAGAAAACAUAUUUGGUAGAUUUAAAGAAUAUUACCAAUGGUUGCCUGAGCAUGAGCCUGCUAUUAAAAAAUCAUGGUCGCGUAUGUCUGGGAAAAACUUGAGUAAUAUGUUUAAUGAUGCUCGUGAAGCUGCCAUGAAAGCUGCUAAGUCAGAAGAUCCGUUAAAAAUGAAAGGAAACGGGCCCAAAUGGUUGAGUGCUAGUGAUUGGGAUAAAUUGGUCGACGAGGUUUUUGCGACAGAUGAAUGGAAAAAAAGGAGUGAAUCCGCUAGAAGUAAUAGGCUGACCGAGAAAAACGGAUGCAUCACAAAACACACCGGUGGUUCCAUUCCAAUUAGGGAGCAUGAAAAAAGAAUGAAAAGGGUACUUGGUGAGGAAAAUGUUUCCGAAAUCGACGUCUUUGUUCGUACCCACAAGAUACAACGCGGGAAAGGUGAAUCAGUUGAUAAUAGGUCCAAGAGUGUUGUUCGUGAUGCAUGUGAAGAUACUAGGUCCGAGAGAAAUGACAAUAAUGACCCUAUAGAUGAACCUGAGUUCGAUCAUUCUUCUUGGAUGGAAGCAAUUGGUGUCGGCUCUUCUUCCAAGAGUUAUGCGGAUGGAUUUGCGCCCAGUCAGCAUACUAAUGAAGUAUUAAAUAUUCUCAAAAAGAAAAACGAAGCACUAAUGGCUUCACAUUCUAAUGAAGUAUUAAGGAAUGGAUUCGGGCACAAUCAACGUGCUAACGAAGUACCAACUAUGUCGCACGCUAAUGAAGUAUUAAGGAAUGGAUUAGGGCAAAACGAGCGUGCUAACGAUGUACCAAGGGCAGAAAAGUCUUUUCCAACAGAACUCCUCGCAGGCGUGUCUAGUUCUAUUAAACAACUCGAGUGUAGAAUGGAUGGAAUGGAGAAGAAAUUAAGUAAAUUUAUUGAGCAAGCUAAUAAGAGGGAGACGAUUUUACUCGACGCUUUGGUGAAACGGGAUCGAGAAAUUUUUACUAUAUUGCACCAAUUACAAGCUGCACGAGCACCUUCUGCUUUCGAAGAGAUUGCGAAUAAGUUGGCUCGAGAUAUUGCUUUGGACAAUUUGGCCGCACCUAACCCACAAAUAUAACGAUGACAACUCGCGUUAGUUACUUGUAUUAGUUGUUUAUUAUGUUUAAUUUUAUUGUUGGGGAGAUUUAUGAAGUUUGUGAUGGUGUUGUGUAAUUUUUUUUCUUUGUCGAGUAGAAUGAAGAUGUGAUCGCAGGUUCUCGGGAUGUAUUUUUAAAAUAAUAACAUAGUCGAACAUCGAUAAAUUAAUAACCUCAUUUAAAUAAUAUGUUUUCCCGGUCCCGACUCAAAGGCAACGUAUUAAAAAUUAUUUCGUUAAAUUUA